GUUUAGUCGUUGGUUAACCGUGCUCGUUCAACAGCGUCGUUUCCGCGCUGUUCGCGUGUGCGUGACGCUUCUCAUCGAAGAAGCUCUUCGUUCGAUGAAGCAAGCUGUUUUCUUUUCUAUUCACGACCUUCGAUGAACGAACCGAUCAAGGUGAAAUCGUGACACCUUGAAAAGUAUAGAAAUGGACAGGUUACACCGUCUUAGAGCUUUCGUUUUUGAUCUUUCCUCGUUUAUCCAUUUUCCUCUAACUUCGUUGCGCUUCUCCUGUGAAAGGUUCGUUUGACAAACGAUCAGUAGUGCAACUCGGAACGGAGGAGGCGAGUUAGAACCGGCAACGAGAACCUUGAAUUUCGCGCUAACGAGGUGAACAAAGCUCGCUGCGUCGGCGGAGAGGAUCCGCGUUCUAACAAAACCGGGUCAAGGUGUCAAAGACGUCAAGCAGUCGCGGAGAUAUCGGCGUAAGGUGUUAGCGCAGCGAGUACCCCAGGAAAACAAAGCGUCACGCGACUCAGUUAACGAUCGCCGGCUGGGUAUCAGCCACGUGAUCGUUAAUCAACGAUCGGGGAUCAUCGUGUUUGGACUUUCUCGGGAGUCAUCGUCACGCGACUCCGCUACUGUCAACGAUCGUCAGGCAGAGGGAGAGCUGUGAUGGUGAACCGAGCCAUCUUUAUCGGCAGUCAAUCGCGGAAAGUCGUCGCUUGCUUGUUCCGCUGAUAGCUCCGGCGACUUUUAAACUCGUCGCCUUCUACAUUUUGAACUUGAACCGCGAACCGAGUGGGCGACUCGAAGGAUACCGCGUUAACACUUCAACUCGUUCGGUCAUUUAAAAUACUUGCAAUUAAGACAGCUCGGAAUAUAACGAAGUUUCAAGAGACCGGUGAUCACGAAUUAUCAAAAAGAAACGGGAAUUUGAGUCGCACGUUGAGUACAUGGAUUCGUGUUGCUUCAAGAAAAUCUCUGAUCUUGGAAACUGGAAAUACUUGUGUAUUCUAACGAGGAACUUAAAGGACUCUUGGAUCCCCGUCGCCAAGCUGGACCUCUUUGCUUCAGUGCUUAGGAAGAUCGCGAAGCUAACGUAGCAACUGUCUAAUUAAAAGAACUUCGUUGCACCGAAUUAAAUUGCAACACUCGAAAUUGAAAUUCUACGUUCCCUGAAUGCAACUCGAUAUCUUUGGAUCUUGAGUUGAAUUUUUACACGCGUUAUUGAAGUUCAGCUUUCCCAGGGACAGCUGCUUUUCACCCAUCGAAGAGUGUAUCGAUAUGGAGAUCGAUAUGACCGGCAAAACAAACAGAUCUAACGAAGAAUUAACGAAAAGACGCGUCUCCAUUAGCGAUCAGAUCCUAGGACUGGAUAAUCCUGGCUUCGAUCAUCAUCGACGCAUAAGCGCCAGCUCGGAGCAUAAUUCCGAUCAGGGCCGCGGUAAAUCCAUAAUGCAACACGGGGGUAGCACGGAGAAUAUUCAGCACAAAUUCGAUCUCGAGAAUGGCAGGAUAAACGGGAACAGGAAGAAGUCCACGUACAGUCUGACGAGUUCCAUCAGGGACAAGAUCCAGUAUUCGGAAGAGCUGGAACGCAUUCGUUCCAGGUCGUGGUUGUAUCUGUUCUGCACGAGAUGUCAUGGACGCGACGACACACCGUCCUGGGAACCACCCGGUUGGAGGAAAGCUUGUCCUCAUCCAUUUUGUCCAAGCUACAGAAAAUUCGCCAGGAUCCUGUGUCUCUUUUUGUUGGGCCUACUACUCUGGGGCAUCGUCUACACGAUAUUAGGCGAUGACGCUGCCCCAGGUGGCCAACUAUUCGGCCUCGCUGCCCUUUGCAUAACAGCGCAUUUCGCCGGAUGGUUGUUCUCGCUGACCACCCUUCCUGCGCUAAUUGGCAUGCUGAUUACCGGGAUUAUAUUUCAAAAUGUCGGCUUGGUGCACAUCGAAGGUAGUUACACCGUCGUCGUCUCCAAUCUCCGAAAAAUUGCUCUAGUCAUUAUCCUCACCAGAGCCGGUCUGGAUUUGGAUCCAAACGCCCUGAAGAGGUUGAGAGUCACCGUACCAAAACUUGGUCUAAUCCCAUGGAUCGUUGAGACGAUCGUGGUUGCUACGUUAACGUCGCACUUCCUCGAGUUGCCUCUAGUAUGGGGUUUUCUACUUGGAAGCGUGGUUGCUGCUGUUUCGCCGGCUGUAGUUGUGCCGUGUCUCUUCAGGUUACGUGCUAAAGGUUACGGAGUUGCCAAGGGCAUCCCUACUUUAAUCAUCGCUAUAUCCGGAAUCGAUGAUGCAGCUUCAGUUGCAAUUCACGGAAUCAUGAAAAGUAUCAUGUUUUCCCACGAUGCACUAUGGUAUCAAAUAAUCCAAGGACCUAUAUCCAUUAUCGGAGGACUUGGAUUCGGUGUCCUAUGGGGGUGGCUCGCGAAAUACGUCCCGGAAAAGGGCGACCCCUACAUGGUGCCCAUGAGAGUACUAAUGUUAUUAGGAGGUGGACUGGUAGCGGUAUUUGGAAGCGAGGCGAUCGAACUAGGGGGUGCUGGACCAUUGGCUGUGGUCGCUGCUGCCUUCGUCAGCUGUUAUUUCUGGCAAACACAAGGCUGGGAAGUCGACGACAAUCCUGUGGCUACAGCGUUCGAGAUCUUCUGGAUGAUCUUCGAGCCCAUCCUGUUCGCCAUGACGGGCACGCAAAUUAAAAUCGACGAACUGGACGGUAAAACCGUGUAUCUGUCACUCGGAUGUCUCCUAGCAGCCUUCAUAAUUAGAAUAAUCGUAACGAUCCUCGUUGGGGUUGGCUCGAAAUUGAACCUCAAGGAGAAAGUGUUCAUUGCUUUAGCCUGUAUGGCGAAAGCGACCGUUCAGGCAGCUUUAGCACCCACCACUCUGGACAGAAUUGACCAUAACAAUCCGAAAGAGAUGUACUAUGCUGAAACAGUGGUAACUGUGUGCAUACUCUCGAUACUGCUCACAGCUCCUACAGGAGCAAUCCUUAUUACCCUGUCGGGACCGAAGCUCCUGACGAAGACCACAGCGCCUAUGGUGCCUCCCGAGGGUUGGAAAGCUCGCAGACCCUCGAUUCGAGACAUUUCCAUCAUCAACGAGGACCCGGACCUCGAGGAGACCGCAAACGAGAGGAAGCCUUGAGGCGAAAUGCUUGUGCAAAUGGUGCUCCCUCGAACGUGACCGUUUUUCCUUAUUUCUCCGUAGAUCUUGUGUUACACUCGCGUCACAGGUUAAUUCAGUAGUGGGUGCCUUGGUUCUUUACAAUUGAAUGUUCAUUGGUAACAAGGAGAGUCUGCCAAAUGGUGGCUUUCAAUUUUAAUCAGCUUUCCUAUGCUAAUUGAUUACAUUGUUAUAAGUUCUUUUGUCCUCCUUUCCCAUGGAUCUGCCGUACCUUCCCAUAAACAUCCCGGAUUUCCGGCUCUGUCCAUUAUUCUCUGAGGGUUCAGGGAUUUCUGGGCCCGAUCAUAAAUCUCCCCUGACCCAGAUUCCCCUUCUCCAUAAGUGGUCUCCAAGAGAAUAACGGAUAUAAGGGAGGACGCCCCAUAUUCUAUUCUGAAUUAAUCUUAACAUUAAUAUCUGCAAAUUACAAUUUUGAAAAUUUUCGUAUAAUAUUUAAAUCUUUAAUUUUCUGGUAUAUAGUAAAUGAUAAGGGUGUAGCUACUUGUAUUGUACCACGUUUUCCCCCUUGUAUACAGAGAUUAUAAUAACGUGAUUUAUCAACGUAGAAAGGCUCAUUAAAAUCAAGGUAUCACUUGGCGAGCUGUUCCUGCAAGUUUCAGGCUUUGUUGCUACAAGUUAGGAGAAUGGUGAUUAAUUAUUUUCUGAUGUUUAAGGAUUAAAUGCGACUUCUGAUUUACGCCUGGAGGUAAUCCAUGAGCUUCGUUUAAAAGAUGAAAAAUCUUGCCUCCAUUCGAAAUUUUAGAUGAUUUGUUGUGUGUUCUUUAAGGUUGUUACUGGACAACGUUUUAUCUUUGAGGUUCGAGCCUAGAUCUGCUUAAUCAAAUUCAAGCAAUAAGAAAAUUAUUUUUGUGACUAGAGGUAAUUAUAAUUAAGAAGAAAUUCGGUAGGAAUUUUAUAGAUCGUUAUUGAAAAAUAUUUUCAACUCCCUACAAAUACCCCUUGAUAUAAGGAAAAAGAAACAAACAUAAAUAAAAAGACUGGCAAUUUGAUAUGUUUGAAAGUUAGGAUUUUAAAGAUUUUAUAAGAGAUGACCUCCUUUGACAGUUAUUUGUAAAAAUUUCUUUAACACUUACACAAAAUUCAAGAUCACUUUAAUUCGAGGGUCAAAUAAUUUUCUGAAAUGUGAUACGUGUUAACAGAAAAAAAAGACACGUGUUGUAUGAACAUGGUACACACUUUUUUUUUAGAUUGUUCUGAAACUAUAAUGUUAUAAAUUAUAGGUAUGAUUGAUGAAUGCGUGUGCCUGUGCACGUGUGUGGAUAUGUGUGCUUGUACAUACUCUGUGUCUAUACAAUUAGCCUUGAACACGAGAGCGAAAGAGAAAUGCGACAUAGUCAGCGAAUUGAUUAAUCGAUCGGCUGAGACUUCAAGUAAACGGUGUUCGCUUGUACUAAUCGAUUAAUUAAUUAGCUUGAGAGGACGCCGAGAUUAAUUUGCCAGAUGGAAGGGAUGACAGUGUGCCAGUAAAACCUUACUGUUGGUAGAUAUUAAACAUUCAAUUCCACUAUGUUAGAAUUAAAAAAUAAUUAGUUAACGA